AUGGGGGGCUCGCGGCACCACCCCGAGCGCGCGGCCCGGCGCGUAUCGCUCCAGCAGCGCUACGAGGACGACGCCGCGCGGCAGCAACGCGAGAAGAAGCUCGAGCGCGGGGAGGACGAGCUCGUGCCCGUCGAUCUGAGGGACGACCCGAGCGUCCCGGACGAGUUCGUGAAAGAGCUGUCGUGCUACGGCGGCGGCGUCAAGUCGCUGACGCAAAUCACGCACCUUGCUCGGUUCGCGAACCUGCGAUCGCUGUGCGUGAACGGAUGCGCGCUGACGAGGAUGGACGUCGACCCGCUCAUGCGUCCGUGCGCGACGCACCUCGUGGAGCUCAAUCUGUCCUCCAACGCCAUCGCCGCCGUCGAAGGCCUCUGCGCGUUGCCCGCGCUGAAGCGGUUAGACCUGACGAACAAUCGCAUCGCGUCGUUGUCCGGCGUCGACGACGGCGCGCCUUUACUGGAGACGCUGAUGAUGCGGGAUAACAGGGUGCGGUCCCUGCACGCGUUGACGACGCCGCGGCGGGACGGGAAGCGUUGGGCGCUGAAACAUCUGGACGUUAGACGGAACCGCAUCGGAUCGUUCGCGGACGUCGCCGCGGGGCUGCGCGCGGUCGCGUCCCUGCGGUCGAUACGAUUCAAGUCGACGCCGGACUCGGACUCGACCGCGAGUUCGUUGGACGCGAUGAGCGUCGCGAGGAGCGGGAACGACAACGCGGUGUGCGCGAUGGCGAAUUAUCGCGACGCCAUCGCCGCCAUCGCGCCGUGGAUCGAAGAGUUGGACUCCGUCCCCAUCGCCGCGGACGCCGUCGCGCUCGAGCGGGGUGAAUCCGCGGUCGGGAAGGAUUUGAACGAGAAACGCGCGGUGAAGGAGACGGAGGCGGAGGUUCGAAGCGCGGGCGGCGGCGGCGGAGGCGCGAAGCCGGCGGCGUCGAAGUCGCCGAAGCGCACGCCGAAGAUCGACGAGGCGCUGCAACGGUACCGCGCGAGGUCCGGGCGGUCGAUCGACCUCCCGCCUCGGCGCGACCUGGAAUACGAAAAGGCGCCGGCGCGAGAAGAACCUGAACCGUCGCGUCGAAGCCGACGUCGCGAGCCGGAGCCGGAGCCGGAGCCGUCCAACUCGGACGCGUCCGGCGAGUCGUACGAGCUCACGCCCACGCGCGCGGUCUCGCGCCGCGAGCGCGCGUUCACCUCCCCGGCGCGCUCGCGGAAGAGCGUCCAGGUGGCCGUGGACGACCCCGCGGUCGUGGACCACGAGAUGCGACUCCAGCGGAUCGAACGGAAUAUCCUCCCGGUGGUGUCGGAAGCCAGGCGGCGAGCGGCGGCGACCGUCGCGGAGGCGGAGGAUGCCGCGCGACGACGCGAGGCGGGGACGCAAGCGACGAGCAGCGCCGCGGACGCGGACGCCGCGGACGCGGACGCCGCGAAUCGCGCGUCCAGGAAGAGGAAGGAGGAGGACGAGGACUCCUCCAGAGUCGCGAGGGUGUCGGGGGAGCUCGCGGCGUUGAAGAAGAGAGUGGAGGAGGUGGCGGCGGCGGCGGCGCCCGAGACGCGGGAGGAGCCCGCCGCCGCGGCGUCGGCCGCGGCGGCGACGGGUAAGCGAGAGAAGCGGGCGGCGAGCAAGGUCGUGCCGCCGCCGGAGCCGCCGAAGACGCGCCGCGGUCGCUCGGAGGCGAAGGCGGCGGCGGCGGCGGCGGCGACCGCCGCCGCGCCGGGGGCGCUGACGCCGGCGCCGGCGACGCGGGGCGGGGGACCACAAAAGAAGCCGAGCGCCGCGUCGUCGACGUCGUGGGCGGACAUGACCGAGGUGGAGGACGCGAGCGGCGCCGCGGUGGCGUCGAGUUCCGCGUUGGACCCGACCGCGCCGUCGUUCACCGCGCCCGCGGUGGUUUCAAAGGAGAAGAAGGACAAGAAGGAGAAGACGAAACCGGGAGCGAUCGAGACGACGGUGGCUUCCUACGUCGCCACCGCGGGGGCGCUGCCGCCGACGCCGUCGCCGAAAGACCGCGAGAUGCAGCGCGUGAAAGCGGAGCUCGAAGAAGCGAAGGCUGAGAUCGAGAUGCACGUGGAGGCGAUCCGGUGGCUGACGGAGCAAAACGCGGAGACGGCGUCUCGGCGCGACGCCGCGGACGCCGCCGCCGCCGCCACCGCCGCCGCCGCCGCCGCCGCGGAGGCGACGCUCGCGGAGGUCCGAGAGGAAGCGAGCGCGAACCUCGGCGCCAUGCGCGCCAUGCACGUCUCCGAGCUCGAGUCGAAGACCGCCGCGCUCGAGGCGGCGACGCGCGCGAAGGACGAAGCGACGCGGCUCGCCGAGGCGUCGCGCGCGAAACUCGCCGCCGUGGAGGACGAGUUCCGCGCGGCGCUCGGAGAGUUCGAGACGGAGCGCGCGGUCGGCGCGCGCGAGGUGGAGGAGCUCCGCGCGGUCGCGCGCGCCGCGGUCAGCGGGCGCAAAGACGCGGAAGCGCUCGCGGAGGAGCUCGCGGACGUGUGCGAGCAGCAGAGGCGAGCGCUCGAGGAGCUGUCCCGGGAAAAGCGGCUUCGCGCGAGAGCCGAGGACGACCUCGCGGCGGCGCGGAACGACCUCGGGGAGAUGCAGACGCGGACGCGCAAGGCGGAGAAGCGCGCGACGCUCGCGGAGGCGGGGGAGAAGGCGGCGAAGGAGGAGCUCGCGCGGAUCAGGGAGACGGAGCUGAGAGCGACCGCGGGGUUGAAGGAGGUUGACGCGAUGAGGGCGCAGAUGGAGUUGGCCAAGGAUAACGUUCGGAUCAAGGACGCGAUGUUGGAGUCGCAGUGCGAGCUCAUCGCGUCGCUUAAACAUGAAGCCGCGCGGAGCAAGGACGCGAAGGACGGCGCGGUGAACAAGGCUGCGGACGCGGAGCGUAAAUCCGACGAGAAGGCGCGACGCCUCGAAGAGGAACUCCGUCUGAUGCGCGCGGAUCUCGCCGCCGCGGACGCCGCCGUGGACAAGCUCGAACGCGACGCCGAGGACGCCCGCGUCGCGCGCGUCGCCGCGGAGGACAAGGCCGAGGCGAUGACGCGCGAGAUCGAAGAGCGCGACCAGAUGCUGUCGUACGUCAGCGGCGAGGUCGAGAACGUCAAGUCCCUCUUUAGCGAGCGCGAGCGAAAUCUCCGCGCCGAGCGCGACGAGCUCGCCGCCGCCGUCGCCGACCGCGACGCGAUCGAAGCCGACGCGCGCGCCGAGGCGAGACGCGCGCGCGAGGACGCGGUCGCGGUCAGAGCCGAGUGCGAGUCGUCCAUCGUCGCCGCGCGCGAGAGGGAGGCGGCGGCGGCGAAGCGGGAGCACGCCGCGGGCGAGCGCGUGCGGAGGAUCGAAGGGGAGAUGCGCGCGCUGUUGGCGGAGGUUGCGUCGCAAAAACGGCACUCGCGCGAUCGCGCGAAAGAGCUGGGGACGAUGCUGAAGGACCUCUACGCGUGA